AGUUUGCAGUUCCCUGCUAACUGCUUCAAUUCGUUGGAUUUCGUUUCGAGUUGAUUACGCGUGUUUGGGGAAGUUCUCGUCUCUUGUUUCGUUGUUCAAGGAAAUUUGAAAAAUAGAUCGAAAAUGGGUGAACCGCAGUGCAAAAAAGUGAAAACUGGAAAUACUCUGGACCAGUUGAAAACGAUGACAACAAUUGUUGCCGACACCGGCGAUUUUCAAGCAAUGGAACAAUUCAAGCCGACAGACGCGACGACAAAUCCAUCCUUGAUUUUGUCCGCUGCAAAUCAAAGCAAAUAUUCGCAUUUGAUCGACAAGGCUGUACAAUAUGGCAAAAAAGUUGGCACGACAUUAGAAGAACAACUUGAGACAGCUCUGGACAUUACUUGUGUUCUUUUCGGCGAAGAAAUCCUGAAAAUAAUUCCUGGUCGCGUUUCCACCGAGGUGGACGCGAGGUUGUCUUUUGAUAAAGAGGCCAGUAUCGAAAAGGCAAAAAAACUGAUCGCACAUUACGAGGAAGCCGGCAUCAGCAAGGACCGAAUUUUGAUUAAACUCGCUUCAACCUGGGAAGGAAUUCAGGCUGCAAAGGAACUGGAAGAGAAAUAUGGAAUCCACUGCAACCUGACUCUUCUCUUUUCGUUUGCACAAGCCGUCGCUUGUGCAGAAGCUGGAGUGACUCUUAUUUCUCCUUUCGUCGGCAGAAUUCUCGACUGGCACAUUGCCAAUUCAGAUAAAAAAUCUUUCGAGGGCAAAGAAGAUCCUGGAGUGAUUUCCGUCACUAAAAUCUACAAUUAUUACAAAAAGUUUGGGUACAAAACGGUUGUAAUGGGUGCCUCAUUCCGAAAUGUUGGAGAAAUUAAGGAAUUGGCGGGUUGCGAUUUCUUAACAAUUAGUCCGAAACUUCUCGAGGAAUUGGAAAAAAGUAAAGACCAGAUUAAGAAGAAUCUCGAUGUCGAAAUAGCGAAAAAGUCCGAGAUUGAAAAAAUUGAAAUAGACGAGGCGAAAUUCAGAUGGUUAUUGAAUGAGGAUCAAAUGGCGACCGACAAAUUGAGCGAUGGUAUUCGCAAAUUUGCAGUUGAUGUCCGCAAAUUGGAAAAAUUACUGCUGGAGAAACUCCAGGAUUAAGAAAAAUGGGAAAAAUUCGUUUAUUAUUGAUUAGAAAAGAAAGUUUUUCAGUGAUUUCAAAUCUCUCUAAAAUUGUUUAAAAAAAUAAUCACUAUUUUCGAGAAAAAAGUUGUUAAAGUUGUUAUUAUAAACAUUCCUCGGUCGAUUGACCUUUUUGGAGAUUGUAUAUUAUGUAUAUUAUUCACAUUUUUUAUCAUUAUUGAUGUGAAGACAAAUAAAAGGAUUUUUAUUGAU